AUUAAUUUUGUUUAGCCUGGAUAAUGUAUAGUUAUCAUAAAAACCAGUUUCUUUGUGUGAACACAAAUUGUGGAGUUUAUUUUUAGUAGCACAAUGGGAACUCCAUUCCUUGAGCAAAUCAAGAAGCAGACAUCGUCAUUUCUACAAGAAAAGUACAAAGUUGCCCGCUUGAAAUUUACUGAUGUUACUGAAGCUGAACUGCUGGCUGAGGAGGCAACAAAUAAGGAUCCAUGUAGCCCAGAUGCCAAAACAAUGACAAGAAUUGCUGAAGCGUCCUUUGAGGUGGAUGAUUACUGGAGAAUUGUUGAUGUUCUUCACCAAAGAUUGGGGUGCUUUAACACUGACGACUGGAGGCGAUCUUACAAAGCACUGGUUCUACUUGAAUUCUUGCUAACCCAUGGCCCAGAGGACUUUGCUGUUGAGUUUCAAUGUGAUUCUGAAGUCAUUGAGGAAGUCGGAAGCUUUACCCACAUUGAUGAAAGAGGGUUUAAUUGGGGAGCAAGAAUGCAGAAAAUAUCUGACCAAAUACUGAAGCUGUUGCAAGGUGGACCAACACUACGAGAAGCACGCUUAAAGGCUCUGAAAAUAACGAAUGAAAUCCAAGGCUUUGGAAGUUCAGAGUACUCUCCAUCAGCAUCAAGUAGUUCAUCUUCCUCUGAACCACAUUCUGCCUCUUCUUUCUCCAUUCUCUUCUUCAACCACCACUCCGACUUCCUUUGACUCCAUUGCUGACCUCAAUAAGAAUC